AUGGUGUAUGUGCACAUCGAUGAGUCGCGCGGGAAAUGGUCGUUUGAGAUCAAGGCUGCGGCCUGUCAUCCUUAUUCAGCGGAGUGGAUCACCAGGCUGCAGCAGGCGCAAAAGAUUGCUGUACCUGAUUUUCUGAAACUCCAUACUUCGUUCGGCCAACAUCUCGGCCAGCAGGUAGCUGAAUUUAUGACUGCCAAUGAGCUGGACCUGAAAGUGGAUUUCCUGGCCGUUCACGGACAUACUGUUUUUCAUGAUCCGGCAGCCGCUACGACUUUCCAGUUAGGGGACGGCGCCGCGAUCUCUGCCAGCCUGGCGAUGCCGGUCAUUUCCGAUCUCCGGGCGAUGGACAUUGCAUUGGGCGGGCAGGGCGCACCUAUUGUUCCGGUGGGCGAUCGUCUUUUCUUUGGCGGGCAUCAAUACUGGCUCAACUUGGGCGGCAUUGCCAAUGUCACCAUCAAACACAAUGAUGAUUACCUCGCGUUUGAUAUUGGUGCCUGCAACCAGGUGCUCAAUCAUUUUGCUGCAAAAAAAGGCCUGGAAUAUGAUGAUGCCGGCAGCCUUGCAAAGAGCGGCAUGGUGAAUGAAAAAGUGCUGGAACAACUGAAUGAAUUACCGUACUACCGGCAGGACGCCCCUAAAUCUCUGGCCAAUGAAUUCUCCGUGCAGGAAGUGAUCCCGGUACUGGAAGCCGCCGGUUUGUCGGUGGAAGAUGCGCUGGCUACGGCAGUGUAUCAUAUUGCAGAACAGAUUGUUGCCUCGAUAAAAAACAACCCGCAACCCGGCGGGCCUGUGACCAUGCUGGCUACCGGUGGCGGUGCUCUAAAUACGCAUCUCGUUGCCGUGCUGCAAUCUUUACUGGAGCCGGAAGAAGUAUCGGUAGUCAUACCCGAUGAGCAGUUGAUCCGUUAUAAAGAAGCGGUGGUAAUGGCCCUGAUCGGUACACUGCGCUGGCGGGAAGAAGAGAAUGUAUUUUCAUCGGUGACCGGUGCUGCCCGCGAUAGCGUAGGCGGCGCUUUGUGGAUGGGGCGGUAA